UAAACCAACACAUGAACAAACCCUAGAAAAACAAAAUCGAAAAAAAAACAAAAAAAAAUGUCGCAUUUUGGAAAAGCAGGACCUCCAGAUAUCACAGACACCUAUUCACUUCUUGUACUUAACAUCACUUUCCGUACUACUGCUGAUGAUCUGUUCCCACUUUUUGAUAAGUAUGGGAAAGUUGUUGAUGUUUUCAUUCCGAGAGACCGCAGGACUGGAGAUUCUCGUGGCUUUGCCUUUGUUCGGUAUAAGUAUGCUGACGAGGCUCAAAUGGCAGUGGAGAAGCUUGAUGGUAGAGUUGUUGACGGGAGAGAAAUGAUGGUUCAGUUUGCUAAAUACGGGCCUAAUGCUGAAAGAAUUCAUAAGGGAAGGAUACUUGAACCGGUAGAAAAGUUGAAGGGGAGUUCAAGAAGCCGAAGUCCCAGAUCUAGUUCCAGGUAUAGAGAUGAUUACAGGGAUAGGGGUUAUAGGAGAAGUCGCAGCAGAAGCAGGGAUCGCUAUGAUCGUGAAAGGCAUCGUGGAAGGGACAGGGGGCGCAAUAGAAGUCGGAGUCGUAGUAGAAGUCCUGACCAUCAUAGGAGAUACAGGAAAGACAGAUAUGAUGAUGAGAGGAGUCGAAGUAGGUCUCCUAAAAGAAGCGCUUCUCCUGCUCGUCGUAGUGUCAGUCCUCAGAAGAGCCCAUCUCCAAAAAGAACAGGUUCUAGGAGUACAAGCCCGGUAGGACACGAUAAAGAACGGUCAACUACACCAAGAAGCGUUUCACCCCGUGGUAGAGCUGAUUCCGGAAGCCCUUUGAAGCGUUCUGAUUCUGAGGAAUGAAUGAUGAACUAAGGUUUUAAAGGUUGAUGAUGCUGGGUUUAUGAUCAUUUUAGAUGAACUGUUGAACAUGCUUCGUGCUGCAUAUUGUUAAGGUUAACUUAUUUUAAACCUAUUUUGCACUUUGGGUUAUCUUGCUUUUGUUUAUGCAGUCAACUGUUUUGAGGUCUGAAGUAUUCCCUAGCAUGUCUUAUGGAUAUUAAUAUGGGAUUUGAAUUUUCUCUUAUGUUGGAUUAUGUGAUGCCCUGAUGGUUGUAUCUGAAAGUGUUGAUGUUGCUGUUGGCGAGAUUGUGUAAUAAUGGUUGAUGCUGUUUAUGAAGCUGUUGACUGUGGGGUUGGUGUCUUUUGUUACUUGUUGCAAACCAUGUUGCAGUCAUCCCAUUAAUGUGAGUGUAAUUGGUGAUGUUGCUGUAGCUGCAAUUUGAUAGCCGAAUCGUCAUAGAUAGGUUGUUGCUGAUUGCUAUCAAAUCUGAUUGAUCAGUAGCUGAGUUGCAGCCGUACCAGUGGUCAUUCUAUUAUUUUUACAGGGGUCAAUUAUCUAAGCUUGUAUAGUUUGAAGAGGUGGUUUCAUCUUAAAUGGCUCAAUUUGGAUUACGUUCUUCCCAAACGGAAAUUUGGUGAUGGAUCUAAUGGUUUAAGAGUCUUCUAAAGUCUAUUUAAACGAAAAUGUAAUCCUAAGUUGGUGAUGGACCAUGUUUGUUCUCACGUCGGUCCACCCUGAUGUGGCUUGUUUCAAUCCGAGUUCAACAAUUACCCGUUUUUAUGCCAAACUUACAAGUGAAAUUAAUAAUAAUAAUAUAUGAUGAACACUAAUACAAUUGCAUGUA